AUGGUGUCGAGAGGGGUGUUGUUGUCAUGUCACGGGGUGGUCUGGUUGGGCGCAGUCGCGCUUGCGUUGUGGGCGGGCGGCGCGCGCGCAGCCUUGCGCUACGACACUGCUACGCCGUACACGCCGCCCUACAACAAGUACAGAUACAUACCGCUACAUGUUGAUGAGAUUCCCGAGGCAUCUCUGUCGUCCCCCGCGGAGGAGGAGUCGUCCAGUAGGAUGCCGAUCUCGGAGUUCAUCCUGACAGCUCUACGGACUGCGCUGGACGUAGUCAGAAAUGUUAACAAGCAACGAGCCAUCGCAGCCGCCACCAGCGCCACCACCAACAGCACCACAGCCGUCGCGGUACGACGAAACAGGACGAAGCCUAAAAAUGGGACAGUCGGAACUGGUCGAGGAUUCGAAGACUAUUAUGAUGAAGACCACCACCACCAUUACGAGGAACCCACCACUACUCCUAAACCUAUGAAGCAAAAGGCCAGAUACACCGACCCUUGGGCUGGAUACUACGACUGGAUUAUCAACGAGGGUUCUUUCAAGUUCUGGAGUGUCUUCCAGCUGUUCACGGCAGCUCUGCUUCUGUACGCGUGUCUGUCCGCCAUCUACUACGCGAAGUUCAACCCGAUCUUACCCGACUACGACAGGGAAUACGACGACUACUUCCUCGAACGUACCGUAGGAAGAAACGCGAGGAGUUUAGACUCUUUAGAACCACACGAAUUACCUUCAGGACACAGUUGGAUAAAUCCUAGAACUUUCCAAUUCAUACUGGACGCCAUAUCAAAACACUACGAAGAAGAAUAG